AUGCAGGUUAUCAAGUGUUUAGCAGCUGUGGCAUGGGAACCGAAUAAACCCCUAAGCAUCGAGACUGUGGAGGUUGCACCUCCUAAGACACACGAGGUGCGGGUGAAAAUCCACUCAACGGGGGUGUGCCACACAGAUUUGUCGACUUUGUCGGGUAUUAACCCCGAUGGUCCGGGUAACCUGUUCCCAACCAUCCUGGGUCACGAGGGCGCCGGGGUCGUCGAGAGCGUCGGUGAAGGGGUCACUAAUGUUAUGCCAGGAGAUCAUGUGAUCCCGCUGUGGCUGCCGCACUGCGGCACAUGCCAUAUGUGCCUGUCUGGAAAGACGAACAUAUGCGAAAAGGCAUUCGCGACUUUCCUGAGCGGGAUGCUCCUGGAUGGCACCUCCCGCUUCACCUGCAAUGGCAAGAUCAUCUACCACUACGUGGGCACCUCCACCUUCUCGCAGUACACUGUCCUCCCAGAUAUAUCCGUUGUAAAGGUGAACCCAUCGGCCCGCCUGGAUCGGGUGUGUUUGAUUGGCUGUGGGAUCCCGACAGGGUAUGGGUCUGUCUUGAACACAGCGAAAGUGGUGGAGGGCUCAUCGGUGGCAGUCUGGGGACUGGGCACCAUAGGCCUCGCGGCUGUUAUGGGGGCCCGGAAAGCCAAAGCCAAACGCAUAAUUGGCAUUGAUAUCAACCCUGAGAAAUUCCAUAUCGGAAAAAAGUUUGGGUGCACGGAGUUCGUGAACCCAAAGGAUCAUGGAGAUCGUCCAAUUCAGGAAGUCCUUUCGGAAAUGACAGAAGGUGGAUUGGAUUAUACCUUCGAGUGCAUAGGAAACGUUCAGACAAUGGCAAGUCCUCCUAGGGUGGCGCUGGAAUCACUGCGUAAAGGCUGGGGAGUAUCGACGAUCGUUGGAGUUGCGCAGAGGGGACUGGAGAUCUCCUUCACUCCUUUUGAGCUUCUCGUCGGACGAAGGUGGACCGGUUCCUUAUUUGGAGGUCUGUCUGAUGAAUUUCUUUUAAAAGCACGAGAUACAUUCGUUUUUUUGCUCAUUUUCCAAGUUGUAGGGCAGCUGUCUUAA